AUGAUUGUGCUAGCGUGGUCAUUCAUUUCGUCGGUGAUUGAAUUCCAGAGGAGACGCCGUUUAAAAGCGUGUCUAGAUGCAUUUUUCCGAGAUCCCGCGAAUCAAGGCCGGAUGCUGCUUUUCAGGAAUAUUGAGGAGCCAUCAAUAAGCGCGGCGUCAACAAGCAAUUUCUUGGAUACUCCUGGAGUUCUAGUGAAGUUUUCUUCGGAACCGUUCCUCAAUAGGAACUCCCCACGUGUCAUUUACGCAAAUGAAACCAAAGAAAUUGUGGUGGUCCCGGCAGAGGAGCUGAAUGCAGCUGAAUGGCGCUUCUGCCAGUUCAACUCGCCAUAUUCUUCCACAGACUCUUUAGAUGCGAUGAGAAUCUUCUUCCUAGCCUCAAUGCAACCCACAAAACAAAAACUAGACGCCGACAAUCUCCCGGAAGCUCUUUUACUGAACUCCACAUGCUCAAGGGCCGCGUUCUCGGCCAGAAAAACAGGCGACGGGUUAUUUUGCUGUGCACUUGAGGAUUUUGUGGAUGUGGCAUACGCAUGGAGCAUCGAUGCUUUACGAGAAUCAGCAAACUCCCCAUUAGUUCUUUCACUAAAAACUUAUUCGUUGGAAGAACCGGAAGUCACGAUGACUCGGUCCACAUGCAGCGCCUUGGUGUCGAAGCGGGAGAGCAACGCCUCAUCAUUCCUCUCCUUCCUGCCUCAACAAAGAGCCAUGCCGAUCUUGGAACAGCUAUUCUGGGGUGACCAGUUUGGUUUCAACGGCUCCAUCAAGCAACGAUUCAUGUCGGAAGGCGCGUUAAACGGAGAUUUCCCACUAACAAGCUAUCGCAAUCAAUCUUUGCCACCAUAUUUGAGGCAGCUUGAGCACGAGAAGGAGGCUGCGAAGAUUUAUCUUGAAAAACAGAGGGCAAAACGGUCACUGGACUCGGAGACUGAAAGCUGCUCUACAUUGACCCCUGAGGAAACCGAGCCUUGUUCCACGACUAGAGCAGAUCAAGUUGUACCUAGCGCAGUACAUCCUACCACCAUAAAAAUCUUGACGGAACCUAUAAAUUCGUCGCUAGAUACUCUCGAAAACCUAGAACACUACGCUGAACAUCGAAUUGAUACGAGGAUUAUCGAGGAGGAUUUCCACUUUAUCGACUCGGACUCAACUAGUUGCAGCAUGGAUGAAACGCCAAGGAGUGCUUUACUGUUGAAUCAGGAGCCGAAUGGCCGGCCUAAAAUCAACCCCAGUAAAAACUCAAAGAGCGUCGAUUACGAACACUAUGGCGCAACGACGACCCCACUAAAUACGCCAAGACCGGAAACACCCUCUGGAUUUUCCUUGAGCAGUGGGCGUUAUAGGGGUCCUCAACGGUCCCCGCUGCUCGAAAUGGCGCGGAAGAUGAGCUUGCGCGACGAUGACAAGGACCCGAUCGAUCCGCAGUUGCAAAAACUAACGACUUUUGAAUUACUGAAAAGGAGGAGGCACUCUUAUAUGCCGCAAAUGUCAGACGACGAACUUGAUGGUUCGAGAGGCCGAUCGCUCUCGCCAAAGCUGAAAGAAAGAAACGGAAAUGUGAAGAAGCGUGGGAACACUAUUGGGUUCUCGAUUUUCGGAAGUGGACGCGACUCGUUCCGGAAGGAGCUGUUUGCGGCGCCACCCCGUCGAAUGAGCACAUCAACAAGAUCCCGGGAUCCAAGCCAAGAACGACCCCCACAGAAACCUCCGACGAUCCUCGUCUAUUCCGGGGAGGACCGAGCGCUCUACCGCAAAAUCCGUGACUGCUUGUCGCGCUUCAUCCCGGCCGAUGUUUACACGGUAUUCAACCUCCUGCCUGAACACUUCCGGAGACAAUCCUGGAUCGAACCCUCAUCGACAUGCCUGCUGAUCGCAAACACCAGCGGAUUGGAUGACCUGGCCUGGACGCGACUUCACCAAUUCUUCAAUCAAUCGGGGAAGAUAAUUUUCGUCUGUCAGAACAAGCUACUGGCAAGCUUCACAAGCGCCGAGUCGCCAAAGAAACAGGCGAAUAUGCUGAAGAUGGCGUUUGGCGAUAAGGCAAACUUUUUCGGGAAGGAUUUCGAGAACUUUUUGAAGAAAGCGUUGAAGACACUUUCUAAGCACAACGCCGUACACGAAUCCUAUCAAUCGAAAGAUAUCGUCGGAGGGUCAAAGUUUGGGGUGGUGAUUUCGAAGAAGAUUGAUACCCCACUCCUUCUCUAUAUGGAAAACAGUGCGCACCGAGCAUCAGCCGUAUUUUCGGACGCCACACUGGAUCAGUUGUUAGCACCGGAUUCAUUGAUUGUGCGUGAUGCUUUAUCACGGAUCGGGAUUCGCAUUUUGGAAGGUGAAGGAAAGAUCCCGAGUCUGACACAGGGCUAUCUGCAAAUGGCGUCGGCAGCCGAGUUGAGCAAACUGGAACAACGAGUACUCCUCGGCGAGGCCACCGGCUCCACACCUCGAAUAUUUUUACGCAAAACGGAAAAGAUUGUGGAAUCACCUUUACCAGCCGCCACUCCGGAACUGUUUCCAGUUGAGGUCAUCUCAAGUAACGCGGCACUACCCUCCUUCAAUUCCGCUGCCUAUUUUGGUGCCCUUCGCGCACGGCGGUUAGGAAAAUGUCUGGUCUACGCCCCGGUUUGCACGACGACGAUGCCACUUUGUCAAAGUCUCUCCACGGCAAUCCCAGGAUAUGAGGGUCUAAUCGUUGUGGCGAGGCAGCAACUGGCCGGUCGAGGGCGAGGCGGCAACGAAUUUAUUGCGCUUCCGGGGACGGCGAUGUUCACGCUCAAUUGUAUCCUGCCCAAAUCUUGUCGACUAGCCGAGAACCCUUCGCUGACACAGCACAUUAUGGCGACGGCGGUUGCCGAGUCGGUUCAUAAAUUGGCUGGUGUAGAUGAUUUCCCAUUCUGCUUGAAAUGGCCAAACGAUUUCUACUCGGGGCGGACGAACAAGGUCGGCGGGUUGCUGGCUGAAUGUAAGCAUCGGGACGAGUCGCUGGAAUUUAUCAUCGGUGUCGGCAUUAACGUGUCAAAUUCUCGACCGACGAUUUGCCUAAACGAUAUGCUGCCCGAGGAUCAUUUGUUCGAGUUCCAGGUGGAGACGUUGAUAGCGGAGAUUGUGUCGCGAUUCGAAGAGCUACUGCUCGAGUAUGAGCUGGGUGGAUUCGAGAAGUUCAAGCCGUUAUACGAGAAGUAUUGGCUUCACAGCCGAGAAGAAGUGACGUUAGAAGACGGCGACAGGGUGAUGAUCAAGGGGAUCGACGAGUAUGGCUACAUGAGUGUGAGAAGCAAAAAGUCCGCAAAGGUCUUUUCGAUUAGCGACGACGGCAACUCGUUCGACAUGAUGAAGGGGAUGAUUCGACUCAAGCUG